GCCGUGGCGCCGGGCGAGGCGCUGCACAACAACUACGGGCCAAAGGGCAACGGCGAGCUCCUCUUCACGUACGGCUUCGCGUCGGCAGAGAACCCGCUCGACUCGGUGGAGGGCAUCGUUGUCGGCUGCCGCAAGGGGAGCGGGCGCGCCGCCGACGAGCUCCACGCGGCGCGGCUACAGUGCCUCGCGGAGCAUGGCGUGAUCGGGAUGGACGACCCUCUCGCAGGCCCGUGCCUCUCCCUCGACGAGCUCGACCUCCUCCGCGCCUCGCUCGAGGCGAGGCUGCGCAGCCUGCCGUCGAGCGAGGCCGCCGACGCCGCCGAGGCGGCGCAGUUCUCGCGCGAGGGCUACUGCGCCGCCUAUCGCGCCGGGCAGAGGCGCGUGCUGCGCGCGGCGCUCGCCGAGGUCGCCGUGCUGGAGGGCAGUGCGGACGGAGAGGCUGAGGGGGAGGGCGAGGACUGA